AAUUUAUAUACUUUCACAGGUUAAUAUUGAUGUUGGUCAUUUUGAAAACGUUGCCCAGGAAGAAAAAAAAGAAGUCGAUUUCUUUGAUUAUCAUGUCAACAAUGCUGCUCCUGCCUCUCCAGACAUUAUUAGUGCUCAGCAAGAGUUUCUUUCUGCUAAGAGUACUGCUGUUAGUAAUGGGACAAAUGAGUCACCAGAUGAGCAUCAGGCUGCUCCAAAUGUUGAUGCUGCUCUCAACAUGUCUGCCACUGAGGCACAGAAACUUGCCAACGAGCCUAGAAAGUCAACUAUAGGUCAGCGGAGACCUGCUAAUAAAUUAGGAGCUAAGAAAGCUGGAGGACUUGGUGCACAGAGAGUAAAAAAAGACUUCAGUGCAAUUGAAAAGGAAGCAGCUCGUAAUGACCAACUGAAACUAGAGGCCAAAGAGCUGUCCAAGGAAGAACAGCAACAAUCGUUACAGAAUUUAGAACGUGUUUAUGAAGACAUGAGUUUGGCUGGCAAGCGUGAAGAGGAGAGAAUGAAGAGAGUUGAUCCCAAGAAAGCACAACAGGCAGAGCGUCUUGGUAUGGGGCUAGGUGCUCGUGGUGGAGCAUCUCACACUGUUUGGAGAGAUGAAGACUAUUGAGCAAGAGCACCACUU